AUGCUUGUCGACCACCACCUCUUCCAACCAUCGUAUUUUUCAUCUGGGUCCUCCUCGACGUACCCGGAAUACCCGACAGAGCUCAGCGAGAUCUUUGACACUGAGCUUUUUAACAGCACCUUCGCCUCUGCGUCCACCGGUUCGCGCGGGUCGACGCCUCAGAAUCUUUUGACCCCACCGCAGGACCCCAUGCCCACAUCCUUCCCCGAGGUGCACGACGAAGAAAGCAACACCAGCGGUUUUUUCAACAUCUUCGAGGAUGAGCUGAAGGCGAUGGACAACCUCUCCAUGCCCUCGUCCUCCGCCAAUUUCAUGGGCGGCAUUGAUGGCACCUUCAGUGGCGGGGUGACUGGCUACGGCAUCGAUAUGGGUGGGUUCGGGAUGAGCAUGGACAUGUCGAGCAUGGGUAUGAGCAUGCCAUCCAUCGAGGACCCUAUGCAGGCCCAGGGCAUCGACCCUCAGCUCGUCGAUACGCCAUCGGCCAUUAGCGAUCAUGGCGAUGAUGAGUCGGACGAGAAGGAGUCGCCCGUUUCGCCUGUAAUUGAGAAGAAGGAGCCAGAGAGGCCGACCAUCACCAUUGCGCCCGUCAAGGUCGGUGGACACGGCAAGGCACGGAAAGGCACCGUCCAGAGCGGUGGCGUGGUGAAGAAGACGGCUUCUAUCAGCACCAACAAGGAGAAAGAGAACCCCACACCCAGCCUUGCGUCCACCUCCAAGAAAGUGGCUCCUAUCAAGUUUAGCAACAAGCCUGCUGUUCCGGCCACCUCGCCUUCGACCACCACUCCCUUCCUCACCGGCGACACCCCCUCCAAGACCAACAGUGAGGCUGGAGACGAAGAUGAUGAUGAGCUUCCUCAAGACUGGCGGCCUUCGCCUGAGGUGUUUGCCAAGAUGACAAGCAAGGAGAAACGUCAGUUGAGGAACAAGAUCAGUGCGAGGAACUUCCGGGUGCGCCGAAAGGAAUACAUCUCCACCCUGGAGGGUGACAUCGCCGAGCGCGAUCGGUUAUUGGAUCACUUCCGCACCCAACUCGGGUCCCGCGAAUCCGAGAACCUUGCUCUGCGCCAGGAAAUUGCCGCUCUCAAGAAGGCUCUCCUCGAGGGCCGCGGUGGCACCGUCAACCUUCCUCCUCCUGCCCCUCUCCCAGAACAGAGUGCCGCCGAGGCCCUGGCCGCAUCAUCAACGAUCAAUGCUGCUACAUCAAGUUCCCACCCCAGCUCGCCGCUCCUCACGGCGAACACCCUCAAGGACCUGCCAACGACGCCCCGUAUGGGCAACCGGUUCUGGGGCGGUGUUGGUAUGGGCGGUGGUAUCACGCCGGUGCACACCACGUUUGUUCCGGACAUCAGUACCAUCGUCCGCAAGGGUCUGCAGGAGAACAUGAACCCGGCUCUCAAUGCGCAGGCCAACCUCAACACUACGGGCAACGGCCUUGCGAACAAGAGCCUGCCUGGAUUCGAUGGAUUCGCGGAUGUGAAUCCAUUCACGAUGAAGACGCUCGAUGCGUAUCGGAUGCAUCUGUGGGGCAAGAUGGCAGCCCAACAGCACAUGCACCAACAGAGCCUGGCGCACCACACCCAACACUCGUCGCCUUCGGGCCUCGCGUCGAACAUGCGCCCGCAUUUCUUCACGGGCACGAACAAGGCCAACCUGGCACCUUCUCACACGCCGUCGCCGAAUUACGGCUCAACUUUGUCGGCAUUGCUUUCGGGCAAGCACUCCACUGCCGCGUCGUCGACCUACCCUACACCGCCAACUUCGCCUCUUAUGCCCUCCAAGUCGAUCGUCUCGCCCAAAGAGCGCGAGAUGCAAGCACAACGCGAGAAGGAGCAGCAACAAGCUAUGUUCGCCGCCAUGGCCAGCCAAACUAUCCUACGCAAGCUCGGGUCGGCGUUUUGGGAUGCCUUCACCGGCUCCUCUUCCUCUUCCUCCUCCUCCAGUGUUCCCUCCAGUGCUAGCCACGGACACGCGAUGUGGGACGCGGACAAGGUGCAGAGGGUCCUUGAGGGCAAGGCCGUGCUUCGUGUUGUGGAUGUAGAGCCACAGACACCCCCGCAGACCCCUCGCCUGCGCGCGACGACGCCGAUCGUGAGGCCGAUGGCCUCGAUGGCGAGCUUGCAGGAUGAGAAGAGGAGGUGUGCGUCGAGCACGAUGUGUGAUUUGUUGGAGGAGAGCAUGAGGAGUUUGACGUUGGGGAAGAAGUGUUAA